ACGGAUUACGGAUUACACAGAAAUGCAGUUUACCGGUGUCUCGAUGUUUUCGGCAUGGAUCGUUAUCGGUGUGCUGUGUUCUAUAGUUCCCUAUAGUGCCUCCGAUGUAUUCCCACCGCCUCUGAAACGCUGCAAGGUAGCAGAUGAGUCGUGCUUCGUGGCACAGGCGCAGGCCUUCUUCGGGGCCUUCCAGAGGGGAAUUCCGGAGCGGCAGGUGAACGGCCUGGAGCCCAUUGAUCUCGGCUCGAUGCGCGUCGAGAGCGGUGGCCACUCGGAGUCGCUGCAGUUCAAGCUGGUGAUGAGCAAUGCCAAGCUGUACAACCUGGCCAAGUCCGCAGUGGUCAAGAGCCUGAAGGGCUUCACCAAGGACCUCAGCAAGCCACUCAAGCUGACCAUGGUCAUGGAUGCACCCGAACUGGAGGUGCGGGCCAAGUACGACGUGGACGGCAAGCUGCUCAUCCUGCCCAUAGUUAGCAAGGGCGAUGUAACCAUUCGGUUGGACCACGUGCAGACCAAGUCGAGGAUUAUGGCGGAGCCAGUCAAGCGGGACGAUGGUCAUACAUAUCUCAACAUCACCGAUUACAAGACGAUCACCAAGAUUAAGGGUGGCCACUUUGACAUGACGAACCUGUUCAACGACAACGUGGAGCUGCGGGAGAGCACCUUGAAGGUUCUGAAUCAGGAGUGGAAUACCCUGGCCGUCGAUGUGCAGCCGAAGAUUAACGAGGCCUGUUCCAAGGCCUUUAGAUCCAUACUGCAGAAUCUGUGGAAAAAUAUACCUUACGACGAGUUCUUCGAGGCGGAAUGAACGCACUUUAUAUAUUCAUUUACUUUUUGAAAUAUUGUUCUACCACAAAAUAAAGUACUUAUCUCUAUACCCAAUUAA